GUGGUGGGAGGGUCAUGAUGUGGGUCAGUCGUCCCUCCUGAAGCGCUUAGAUGAUUGAAUCAUGACUGAGGAAGCAGACGGAGUCAGAAGUGGGCGUGGCCUCAGAAAUCCACAGAUGCUUCCUGUCUUAGACGUGAAACUACAGACACGUGUGAAAAGGCACGCUCAUCCUGCUACAUGUACGGCAGACGUGCUCAGGCUGCAGGUGGUGAUGAAGAGGAGGCAGAGGAAGAGCGAAUAAAGGCAGCAGGUUCUGACCUCCUGAUUGGUCCGCCAGCAUCACCGUGACGAUGGAUCCAUGAUCUGAUUGGACAUUUAGCCCUGCAGACCCGGAUCCUGGACCGACAGCUCCUCGCCCCCGAUGCUAACCCUCUGAUUGGACGCUUCUUCCUUCAGACCGUUGUCCUUGGAUCUGAUUGGUCAGCCGUCUCUGCAGACCCGGUCCUGUGGGCGGGGCUGAGUGCCAUGGGGCCCCCAGAGGGAUCUCUGAUGACCAAUGUUACGUGUGAGGCGCCGUACGAGGAGGGCCGCCUGCCGCUGCUGCUCCUCUACAUCGUGGUUCUGGUGGUCGGCCUUCCCGCCAACGUGCUGACCAUCUUCCUCACCUGGCAGCAGGUGUGCAGGAAAAACGUGCUGGCCGUUUACCUGUGGAGUCUGUCUGUGUGCGACCUGACCUACCUGUUCACUCUGCCGCUUUGGGCCGACUACGUCAACAGCGGCCAUUCCUGGAGGUGGAGUUCCACCGCCUGCAAGAUGACGGGCUACGUCUUCUUCAACAACAUGUACAUCAGCAUCUUCCUGCUCUGCUGCAUCUCCUGCGACCGUUACUGGGCGGUGGUCUACAGCCUGGAGUCCCGCGGGCUGCGGCGUCAGCACCACGCCGUGAUCGUCACGGUGGCUGUUGUUCUGGUGGUGGCCCUGGGUCACACCGCCGUCUUCACCAUGAGGGAGGGCGACGCCGAAGGCCAGGGACGCUGCUUUGAGCCUGGCGGCGGCGGCGGCGGCGGCGGCGGCAGGAUCAUGGGUUUCAACUACGCCCGCUUCAUCGUGGGCUUCCUGCUUCCGCUGCUGCUGCUAGCGGUGACGAACCGCUGCGUCCUGGCCAACGUGCAGCGCAGCACGGGCCUGCAGGGCGGCCAGAAACGCCGCGUUCGCCGGCUGGCGGUGGCGGUGGUGAUGCUGUUCCUCAUCUGCUUCGGCCCCUACCAUCUUAUCCUGCUGAUCCGCGCCGUCUUCGCCCAGUUCCCCCAGCUGGUAAACACCCCCUGCCUGUUUGAGAGGAACAUGUACACCCCCUACACCAUCUCUCUCGGUCUGUCCACCAUCAACAGCGCCGUCAACCCCAUUCUCUACGUCCUGUCCAGCAACAACAUCCGCAAAGAGUGCCGCCGCGGCCUGACUCAGGUCCGAGUGCUGGGCUGCCACGCACCGCAGUCCAACAGCAGCCAGAACAAGUCCUUAGAGCUGAACGCUGGAACCGAGACUGAGAGACACGUCGCCGGGACGACCGAGACAUGAGAGACAUGUGGACUCUACCUGCCCCUCCCCCACCGCUGCUCAUCAUUCAGGGUUAGAAACUGCAAAAGACAGAAUCGUAGGAAACAGACGAUUCUGAGACUUUCAGCGAAGCUUCUGCUUCUGUAACGUCUCGGUUUGUCGCUCUGUAGAACGUCUUCGGUCUGCAGACUGUCAGAGACUCUCAGACUGACCUCUGACCUCUCCAGAGGUUCUUCUCACCAGCAGCUGCUUCUUUUUAUCCUUCAUGUAACCAAAGUUCACCUGCAGCAGCGUAAUAUUCCUGAAAGAAAGCUUCUUAUAUUUGAUGAUGUCAGCAUCUUUCU